CAUUGCCAUUCACGUACUGCGCACAAGGUACCAAAACGUAAACGAGCUCGCCUCCUAGAUUACGUUCAGCGACAUACUGCCAUGUCCGCGAGGAGAGUGCCGCUGCAAGGCCAAUACUGGCCACCAUGGGCGGCGAAAUCACACUCAAGGAAGCUUUGGACCAAGUUGAAUCAAGCCUAGUGAAGACACGCAAGGAAGGCAUCGAAAAUCUUACGCAUAUUCUGAGACACAAUCAACGUCAAUCAGGUGCUUCGUUGCUCGACGAUGCAUCAUACCAUCAUGUUUAUGAGGUUCUUUUCCGGCUCGUGGUUGCGGAGCAGUCUGCCUGGCUCAAAGGCAGCACGAAGACCGCGGUCUCAUCGACAGAGAGGCGGCUUUCAGACUUAGCAACGGCUCUACGUCUUGCGGUCGAGAUCGGUGCUGCACACGUAAAGGGUAAGACGGUCAAAGCACUGCUUGACCAUGUCAUCCAGACACUACCUCUUUCCGGUGGAGGCAUUUGUCUGCCCCUUGCGCUUGACUAUACACGAGCCUUCAAUGCGAUCCUGUCUUUCACUCCCCAUAUUGAACAUUUGCCGCGGGCGGAAUGGAGUCGUGUUGUCCAGUUCUGCGUCGACCUCGUGACACAAUGUACUGCUGAUCUUCCAGAAGACGGUGCUGUCGGUGGGGCGGAGAAUGUUUCCAUCAGUCGCACUGUUAAUGGAUCCAGCUAUAGAUCUUCAAGGUCACAGGUCAAGGAAUCUAGCGCAUCGCAAACAGAGCGCACGCUUACGAAGCAAGUCAUUGGCGAAAUAGUGACAAGCUUAGACCUGUUAACGUCGGCACCUAAUGCGCCCGUAGGGUCAAAGGGAUCGGCUGUCCUCUGGACAGUCAUUGAUCAUCUUAAGCACGCUCAGCUUGCAAACAGGGUACCACAGAAAGCGUUCAGUACUAUCAACCAUAUUCUGGCAUGGUCGCGGACCGAGAACAUUACGCUCACGAAGCAAGGCGCAAGCCAUAUGAUCCGGUUGGCAGCUGCACACUGGGGUCGCGUUCAAAAGACAUUUGAUCUUCGAGAUGAGCUCUGUAUCAUGCUCCUCUACCUUCGCCCAUACCUCGAACAUUUGAUGCAUACUGACCAGGCGCUCACGCUCCGAGGCGAACUUUCAGGAUUAGCAGACGUUCUACGGAGUGACUACUAUGAACGCUUCGAGAGAGACCAGCUUCAGGUUGACCACUUACGGCUGGCUAUAGUGCCUGAGUUGAGUGAGGGUGCAAGGCAUAUUGGCACUGCGAUCUUCGAACUACAACCUGGCAACUUCCCAGCAGACCCAAGAUCACCUAAUUCUCAUGCAGAGCACAAAUGGACAGUCGUAUCCGUCCUUGCAACGCUUGUGGAAAUGCUCAGUUAUGGCGUGGAAGUUAGCCGUGUUUCUGGCGCAGAAGACGACCGUCCGAGACCCCAUAAACGGCAGCGAACGUCGAAUGAAUACCAGGAAGUCAUUGCCGCCACGCGCGUUGGGCCGUCAUCCUCACGCAUAGGCGCGCUUCAAGUAGUGGCGGUGUAUGCUCAGCAAGCGUUGGUGACAGUUGAGAUGAUGAGCGAGGCGAUCGAUGCGCUUUCCUCAAGCUGUGCCGACGACAAUACCACUGUCUCGUCGUGGGCGCUCCUGGCCCUGGCUAGCUGCGCAUCCCAGACUAAUGCCUCAGACGAUGCCCUCACAGACAGAUGGGGUAAUAUCUGGCAGCUCGCUGGCCGUGCUAUGACUAAUGCUGCUACCAGUCGUGCGGCGUGCCACUUGCUGCACCUCAUGCUACGGCUAGAGCUCGGUCAGCAUGGCGCAGCGACAGACUUCAUGCAUACACUCAGCGAGUCGAUAGAUCUUGGAGGGCCGGCUACUUUAUCUGACGCGGGCAUGCAACUUCUUGCCAGGAUCAUUGAACGCUCCCUGGACUUAAGACGCAGCAGUGCAUCGAAGCUCGCGGAAGGCGGGCUCAAUUGGCUUCUGAAAGGAUUCGCACCUGGAAGGCUCACAGACAGGGUGCAUCUUUUCGCGCUUCGUCAGACGUUUGAGGUCAACGACGUUGUGCAACUGAUCUGUGUGUGCCUCAAUCUCUGCUCACCUCGUCCGACACUUACGCCUCUGCCGGUUUACGACAGUGUCGGUCAAGCCUGGACGCUUUGCCAAGAUACCUAUCCCAUGAUCUCCUACUUACUACUGGGUCAAUCCAUCACGAAAGCGACCAAUCCGCGCCUGCAAGACCUGCCAGUGACGGCGGAGCAGCAUCAGACCAUGGUGCGCCCCGGUCGCGAAAAUUGGCUGCUAAGCUACCUGCUUUCUGAGCUGCGCUCAAUGCGAGCCAUUUGGGACGAGCAUCUUGGCACUGGGAGAGGAAGCCUUGAUGCGUAUUCGUCAGCAUUCGACUCCUGUUACUUCAUGGCCAUAGUUGCACAUGAUCUUACAUUUCAAGACGUUAGGAGACAGCAGCAAAUUCAACAGGAACUGAAGGGACUACUAACAGCAAUCUCUACCGUUGGUCAAAGCACAAGUUGUGGUCAAGGUGUGAUUGACGCAAUCAUCCAAGCAUACUCCAGGGCUUGCGUACCGUUGAUGCCACACAUCCGGUCACGUGAAGCCAAAAGCUCUGAAGCUGAGAAGAUACUGGGCUGUCACUUGGCCAACAUCUUGUCUGUCCGUCGUCGGUUGCUUCAAAGCACAGAUGCCUUUCAAGACGAGGAGCCGAUGGAGAUUGAUGACGACUAUGACUCGCAGGGCAGCAGGGCCGCUCGACGAGCGGAUACCCUUAUACAAAGUAGGCUGCAAUCGUAUGCCGCCGUGGAAUACUCCAAUUAUGCUGUCAGAGCCAAUGUCGAGCUAUGGUCAAUAGCAACGCGGGACACGCACCAACAUUUACUUUCCAAUGAUCCCAGCUCUCGGCCCGCUUCCGUGACGGUUCGAGAAUACAUUCUGUCACUGCCGCCGGAGACGGUCAUUGCUGGACACGCUGCCAUCGCGGCUUUACCUCGAAUAGGCUUGCGUUUUGACCUUGCAGACACGGAGAUGAUGUUCGAAAGUUGGUCAGAAAGCAUGCUGGCCGCUUACGAUCGCAGGCGUUCGGAGCCCGCUUUGACGGCUCUACUUAACAUGGCGCAGAGCGUUCUUCCAGCACUGAGUGACUCUUCGAACCGAAGUCUGUUUGGUUUGGGCGUCGACAUCUACGACUAUUAUAUUGAAGCACAAGGCAGUGGUGUGCUUUCGAUGCAUGUCCAGAUCCGCCUUGCCUCGCUCGUCUUGCAGCUGUGCAAUAUCGAUCCCGACUACGGACGGGACCAAGACGUGCAGUCUGCCCGAACCAGCCUCUUCAAGUUGCUGAAGUGUAACAACUUUAAAGUGCUGUAUCACAUGACGGGUGGCAUAGCGAGCAUCUUCAGCCGCUUCGUCCUCUCCAAACAUGAAUCAGUGUUUGAUGAUCUGCAUGACAACCUUCCCAUAGACGCUGACUGGCUGGAAGGUUUAGCUGUGAGGCUUCUGUUCUUGUCGCGAUUGGCUUCGGCGUGGCACUCCCUGCGGAGACAGUGUGUCUACUACAUGUUCGAAACCGCCGGUCGGAUCCCGGACGCGGCGCCAUAUGCCGCUAGAUGUUUUAAAGAGCUAGCAACCGCACUCGGCUAUGCUUCCUGCCAGACGCUCUUCAGGCUUUUCGCUCCACAGCUGUUGCACACUUGGCUGGAGGAGCGCACCGUCAAUGGACUGCCAUACGCCGCUUUCGAGUACGCAUCACUCACCCAACUACUGGAGCGGAACCGGAGCGAAACCGUGGCGCAGCUGCUGGCGCGUGGCAAAGACGACGGCAUGCACGUUGUAACCACGUCGCUUAAGACUACCGCAAAAGAGCUUGCCCGACAGUCCUUUGCGCAAUCUGCUGCGUAUGCGAUCAGCUGGGACAUCAGCCCUUCAUCGGAACACAGUGGCGGUGCUACGAGCGAGGGAAGGCUACGCAACUUGGUCGGUGGGAAAGAAGAGUACCGCAAGCUCGCCACCGACCACUUUCCCGCGAUCAUGGGACACUUUUACCUGUCUCUUCAGCUUGACGAUGGCGAUAAAGAGGACAAGUGGUUGGAGAAGAAGGCUUCGUUCACUGCCGAGGCAAAAGCGAUAGCAGAGAUGAAAACCUACGGCCACUCUCCGCGUACACUCCCUCCAGGCCAACAGCCGUCCUUCAAGAUCAAGUUUCUCCCAGAACAGAUUGAGCGACUAUGCAGGCGAACUUCGCGAGAUCCCGCGCAGCCUUGGGACUGCUCCUCGUUCACACUCACGGCUCGCAUGAUCACAGAUGCCAUGGAUGACGCGCUUGGCCCUUUGCAUGUCUGCAUGAUGCUUAGGAAGAUGAGAAUCUUGAUCGCCAUGGCGGGCGAUGUCGCACUCUCCGGAUAUCCACUUCAAAUGCUCAUGCACUCUGUCCGCGCGUUUCUCAGCGUUAGCGAGUGCGCAGAUGACGUUCUAGGGAUCGUUCAGUACCUCCUGCAACGCGGACAACAUUAUCUGAAGCAACCCGAGGCAAUCUCUUUCGCCUGUGGCAUCGUGACACUGAUGGUGUUGCAAAUGCGUCAGCACUCAAUCACUCGACAUGAAAGCACCACGCAGGAGAGUCAGCACAAAGACACUGUGCGAAGCAUGGAAAAGUUUCACGCAUGGCUGGUGAAGUAUUUGCAGCAGCUUCGGUCUACGUACUCGUCUCCCAGGAAGGGUAGAUUCGACGAGCUGGUUGAGGCACUUCGUGCUGUCAAUCUGCCAGGUAAUGGUCGCAAGGGCACGCCUGAGAGUAAGCUGCUUCUGCUUCUUCUCGCGGAGAUGCAGUCCGUCGAUGGUAUCAUGUCGUCCGCCCAUUGCAAGGAAGCUUUGGCCGCAUUGACUAACAGUUUCGAGCCAUCGCACUCCACUGACGAAGAUUGUCUUAGCGAGGACUCCGGGUGCAUCUUUUACGUGGACGCUCUGUGGCAUUUGCUAGGGACGCACGAGCCGAGCAAUGGUUUCGCGACCUGGUCAGCUCAGGUUAUGGGUCGGGCCUAUGCGGCGCAGGGCCGUCGACCAUAUCCACUGAAAAGCCCCCAGAACCUGCAAUCUACUCACAAGAAUGCACUGAACAACGCGCUUGCCUACUCGGAGGCAGAGAUUGGCCGUCGACUUUCCGAGUUGGUCUUCACCUCUGAGCGUGAUGUGGCCGGUCUUGCUGAAUGGACGCUGCGACGAAUUCAAUACACUUUCGAAAGUGGGGAUGAUGCUUUGAGGUUUGAACAGGCGUUGCCUCACUCUCUUACGCCAGCGAUCGCAGACGGCACCUAUGGUUACCAGCCCUACCUAUCGGAAAUUUUCUUAGCGACUCCGCUGCAACUGAGUACCGCUCUGGAGAUGCGUCCUUCAUACGCUAGCAGCGCUUGGAUCCUCAGCCUAGCGACCGCGUUGUGUCAGUCCUCUCCCAAGGCAGCCAUCCUACCUACGCUUCCUCCAAUCCUGCAGAGAGUGUCGGGUUUGGCUGCUGACCUUCUACCCGCCGUGGCUCAUAUCCUGCUCGUUCAUGAGAUCAAUACUGUGCAGAAGCUCAAGACACAGCUUUCCCAAUCCAUCAGCGACCACCUCAUGGCACGAGACGCUGCGUUGUUGUCUCGACAGUGUUCUUUAAUCCAGCUCCUUCUGUACCUCCGAAGACAGCCUUAUCCUGGAGAAGCUACGAGAGUCGACCGUCUUCAGUGGCUUGAUGUUGACCUGUUGGUCUCGGCAGAAGCUGCGACUCGCUGUGGAAUGGGCACAGCAGCAUUGAUGUUCGCUGAGAGCGCGUUGCCGACAGCACCACCGAAUCGGCGGACAUCAAGCAGAGCAUCACUUUCUCAGUUCCAGCACGUUGACAUAUCGGACGAGCUACUCCUUCGCAUCUUCAAACAAAUUGAUGAGCCUGAUUCGUUUUACGGAGUACAGCAGCCAGCGACACUGGAUUCGGUGCUCGACAGGCUCGACUACGAGGGCGCCGGGUACAAGGGCCUGAUGCUGCACGCUGCAAAGCUGGAUAGCGUAAUGCGGAUGCAGCAUCAAGCCCUAAGCACAGAUACUACUGGUCUAAUGCGGUCUCUGUCAACUCUAAACCUGCACAGUCUACAGCUGGCGCUAGUCUCCAGCCGUACAACCAGCACGGAACACACCGCGCCUGACGUAUUUCGUGCAGCACAGAAGUUGCAGCAAUGGGACUUGACGAUACCUGAAGCCUCGGGUGGAGACCAGGCUACUUGCUUCACCUGCUUCCAAGAUCUCAGUCGCGCUACUAAUCCUGAGCAGCUCAGAAAGAGGCUUGAUGGACUUCUCCUCCAGCACGUUACGAAACAUCGGGAUGUCACGCACGCGGCAUCGCCUCCCUGGUCAUGGUGCAAUACUCUUGCCACCAUAGUAGGGACUGCGGAGGUCAUUCGGAGUCCCGGAGACGGCGCACUUCGUGCGGUGACUGACAGGAUGAGCUCACGGCAUGACUGGCUUCGACACGCCCGCUUUGAAGAUGUCAAUGACUUCGCUGUCAGUCACUCGAGUCUUCUCAGCGUGCUUGCUCAGAAUCCCACCUUGCUGCGAGAGAUGCACUUGAGUCCGAAGAAGAUGAAGCUGCUGGAGAUAUCGUCGCAGCUGGAAUAUGCAAAGCUUGCGCAGGGGCACGACUUCCUGCAAGAAGCCCUCUCCGCCGUUGCGCAAGUCAAAGUGCUCGCCGCACAAGCGGAAGAGCUUGGCUUACAGGUCAGCGCCGCGACUCAACGGCAGACGGCAUCCGCACUGUGGGCCACCGGCGAGGCUGCAGCUUCGGUACAGUUUCUGAAGGGCAUUCUGAGGACGAACGAUAGCGACAGCCAAGACAUUCCGGUCGGACAAGCCGGUUUGCAGGCUAUCCUUGCGUCUCAGCUUGCACAAGCUCGCCUCGAGAGACCGGAAGAGAUACUGAGUAACCACUUACAGUCCGCUAUCAAGGAUCUACGCGGCCGUGCCGAAGGGGUCGAGGCCGGGGAAGUCUUCUUCCAAUUCGCAUCUUUUUGCGAUGGUCAACUUCAGUCACCGGCUGUCACUGAAGAUCUGGAUCGUCUAGAAGUACUACGGCAGAAGAAGAAGCUGGAGGCCGAGCGACUUCGAAAGCUCCAGAAAGAGAUGAAGAACACAGAUGACCGGAACGACUUCAAUAGGCAAGCUGGAAGGGCGGAGCAAUGGUACGCUAUUUACAGCGAAGAACAGCAACGACUGAGAAGAAGUCGAGAUGAGUUCAUGCAGCAGAGUUUGCAGAACUACAUGCUGGCGCUACGUGCUUCGGACGACCAUGACAUCAGUGUCCUGCGAUUCUUCGCAAUGUGGUUUGAGAACGCUGACUCCCCUGUCGCCAACCCCGUGGUCGCUAAGCAUUUGAGCGAGGUGCCCAGCUGGAAGUUCGCUGUUCUCAACAACCAGCUGAUGUCACGACUCGAGUACACCGACUUGUCAAGCUUUCAGUCAUCACUUCGAGGUCUUGUACAACGCUUGUGCGCCGAACAUCCAUAUCACACACUGCACCACCUCUACGCAACGACGAGGGAGCCCGAGCAGCCGAAUGACGAGGCGGCACAAUCUCGCUACCGAGCAGCACAGCGCAUUAGAAAUGCACUUCAGACGCUCCCAGAUACUGGAGAUCUGGUCAAGAAAGUCUUUAGAGCAGAUAACGAGUAUAACCGAUUCGCUCAAAGCCCAAACAACGGCUCGAAUGUCAGCAAGAUUGCAAUCGCCGACUUCCCUCCUGCAGCGAGAUUGACAUCCAACAUACGCAAUCUUCGCGUGCCGCCUGCUACAGUCAGCGUCCCACUGCGACCUGACGGACGCUACCAUGACGUUCCCGAGGUGGCAGGCUUUGCACCUGAGAUGCGCAUCAUGGGCGGCCAGAGCCAUCCGAAGUUGCUGAUUGCGCGCGGGACCGAUGGGAAGGUGUAUAGAGAGCUUUUCAAAUUUAAUGACGAUCUUCGGCAAGACGCAAUCAUGGAGCAAGUUUUCGGAGAGGUCAGCAAGAUGUUGAGCAAGCACAAAGACACCCGUCGGCGCAAUCUGACAGUCCGUACUUACAAAGUCAUCCCACUUGCGCCGAGGUCAGGCAUUAUUGAGUUUGUGGCGAACUCGAUUGCCAUCGGUGACUAUCUCAAGCCGGCGCACCAGAAGUACUAUCCAAGCGGCAUGAAACCUUCUGUCGCAGCAGACAAGAUCAGGAGUGUCGAGCGCAUGUCUCAGGACGCACGUGUGAAGGAAUACAGAAAGGUCUGCGAGCAGAUACCGCCUGUGCUUCGCUUUUUCUUCUUUGAAAACUUCGAAGAACCAGACGAAUGGUUCACGAAGCGUACUGCUUAUACGCGCACGACCGCUGCGAUCUCCAUCCUUGGGUACGUCCUCGGGGUCGGUGACCGUCAUAUCCAAAACAUCCUGCUGGACGCGAACAGCGGAGAGGUUGUGCACAUUGAUCUGGGUAUCGCUUUCGAAGCUGGGAGGGUGCUGCCAGUACCAGAAAUGGUACCUUUCCGGCUAACGAGAGACGUCGUUGAUGGCAUGGGCAUCACGAAGACAGAAGGCGUAUUCCGGCGUUGCUGUGAAUUCACGAUGGACGCCCUGCGAGAAGACAAGGGCAGCAUCAUGACUUUGCUGAACGUGCUGCGGUAUGAUCCGCUCGUCAGCUGGACCGUAUCGUCGGGAAAAGCGAAGAAGAUGCAGGAUGCGCAAGAGACGGGUCGCAACGGAAUCGGUGUGGAUGUUCCAAGCUCAGAGCGGAAAGAGCACGGUGCCGCUGAAGGAGACAGGGCACUGGGCAUUGUGGAGACAAAGCUGAGUACGACGCUCAGCACGGCGGCGACCGUCAAUGAGUUGAUUCAACAGGCGUCGGAUGAGAAGAACCUUGCAACGCUGUUUUGUGGGUGGUCGGCGUACUAUUAGGACUGGCGUGGCAUGGCAUUGGCAUUUAUAUGGUGCAGCGAGGACUUUGCAAGUGCAUUAGCGAUGGCGCUGGGGUUGCAUCGCUUAGUGUAUCAUACUGUAAGGAUAGAGGCUUUAUGUUCGUAGUCCUAUAUUGCUGCCGUCGCUCUGACUCACGCAAGGCUUAAACAAAGUUUCGCGGAG